AUGAGGAAUAUUGUUGAAAUUUUAUUGAGCAGUGAUAAAUGUGAAAAAAUUUACGGCAAUUGGACAUGUUCAUCAUGUUCUCAUUCAUGGCAAAAACGAUACAAUAAGAAGGAGCUUGAAGAGUGGUUACGGAAACCGUCAAACGACGAUGUGGAAGAUUUUUUCACCAAAGAUUGCAGAAAGUGCGGUAACGAGAAAAUGCUUGACAUUUUUUGCUUGCACAUGCUGCGACCGGGAGCUCGGAAGAAAACUCUUAAAAUCGAGAUCAUUUUUCGCCUAGAGUGGAAUAAGUACUAUAGAGUAUUUGGGUCUUGGCAAUGUCAGAAUUGCAACAGAGAAUGGGCAAGCGCACAUACGUACAUUUCUCUUCAAAAAUUUAUCGAAGGAUCAAAAUUAGAAGAGGAAGAUUAUUACGUGCAAAAGUGUAAAACUAAAAAAUGCCGUAAUGAGGGUAUUAUCACCCAGUACAAACCUUUAAACAAAAGUCUGGGUGGAUUUGUUGAAAAAAAGCCUCAUAUAGCAAAGUUAUGUGCAAAAUGUAUGGGAGGUAAUCUAUGUGUAUUAUAG